AUGAGCCCACUUCCCGACUUUCUGCGUCCGCUCGUGAUCUCCGGGCCCUCUGGUGUGGGAAAGAGCACCCUCCUCCGCCGCCUCUUCACUUCCUAUCCCCACAAGUUCGGCUUCAGCGUGUCCCACACCACCCGCUCUCCGCGGCCGGGAGAGCAAGAAGGGAAGGACUACCAUUUUGUCACCAAGGAUCGCUUCAAGGAGCUCAUUGGCCAGGGCGCCUUCAUCGAAUACGCCGAGUUCUCGGGAAACUUCUACGGCACCAGCUUCAUGGCCGUGCGCGAGGUCUCGCAAGGUGGGCGCCGUUGCAUAUUGGACAUCGAGGCUCAGGGUGUCCGUCAGAUAAAGCAAACGGAUUUGAAUCCUGUCUAUCUUUUCAUCUCGCCACCAUCUUUGGCCGCGCUGCGAUCACGGCUUACAGGUCGUGGGACCGAUGACGAAGCUGCCGUGGCCAAGCGUCUUGCUACUGCGCUGAAAGAGAUCGACUACGCGAAGCAGCCGGGCGUUCACGACCUUGUCAUUGUCAAUGAUGAUCUUGAUAGGGCCUACAGCCUGCUUGAGAAGGUUGCGCUGGGGGAACAGGUGGAUGGUGAUACUUUGCCGCCACUGGACGAUUGA